AUGUUGAUUUGCUUGUGGCAGGCCGUAUUUGGACUGUUUUAUGUGGCUGUCUGGGCGUCUGCGUUGGCGCCAGAUCUCCCCAACAACGGCGAUGACGACACGCCCCCAACAACAAGGAUAAUUGACGUCUUGUCAGAUAACGCCAAUUUCAGCAAGUUAUUGUUGAGUCUGCAACGAAGCGAUCUUGUUGAUUACGUCAAUGGACUCGAAAACAUCACGUUUUUAGCCCCCUUGAACUCGGCCUUCGACCCAGACCAACUAUACGUGCGACUGGAUCAGGAGUCCGUGCUUCGGUAUUUUAUCGAUAAACCCGUUGAUUCGGCUCUAGUCAGGGGAUUGGAGCUAUACUACACGCUUUUUCUCGAGGAUUCGGUGCUGAAAGAUGGUGUCCAGUCGCCAAUACUGCUCGACAAUAGAGACGACUUGUUUCUUGCCGAUAACUCGAUUGUGGUUAGCGAGGACCAUGCAGGGUCUGUGAACUCUGUUGUUUUGGGGAUCUCCUCUUUCCUCGAGCCACAUGUUAGUCUGUGUGAGUUUUUCCAAUCGGUAGAAGAAGCAGACCCGGUUUUCGAAGAGUAUCAAACACUUGCUACUUUGUUUGCUUCCAACGAUUUUUGCAGUUCGCACAAACUGACCAACAUGACUGUUCUUCUCCCGUCGGACGAGGCUCUGAACCUGAACGAGAUCGAGUUGGCCUACCUCAAUACCGAAUUCGGACUCCAGGACAAAAAUGCGCUACUCUCAUCGUUCGUGCUACCGCAAAUCAUCGGAGGCAGACUGUCUCCACCCGUCAAGACUCGCAACCUCCACAAACGUAAGGUACAGGUGAGCUCCAAUGGUGAGGGAAGCUACAUCGUUGUGGAUGGCACCAACUCGUCGUUUUCAAACUAUCUUCUUUCCGAUGGCAUUGUUCAUUUGUACGACUCGGUCAUAUUCGACGACGCACGGCCGGUGUUCACUCCCAGAAAAUAUCUGCUGGGACUCAACUUGGAAUCUUCAGUGAACGAGGUCGAUUUCCGCAAGCUCUCCGACCUGAUAGACGAUCCAGAGCUCAACCAGACCAUAUUUGUGCUUCCAACCACUGAACUGGCCGAAUCCAAAAAUACCCUACUGUACCAUUUUUCCAGCGAAAAGCUCGACCUUAAAGAAUCCAAGCUGGUGGACUCUAAAUACUGCUCCAAUUCAGUUCUCGGACAUUGCCAGAAACUCAAGAUCAUCACACAUGGUGAUCAGGUGCUGAUUAACCACAACGUUCUGGUCACUUCUCAAAAAAUUGAGGUUGGCAAUACAAACAUUUACUUCAUCGACGACAACCUGUCUCUUCCUCUUCCUUUUGAGACAGCUGUUUCGCCGUUUUUACGCUGCGCAAAGUCGUUGCAGUUCCUCAAGGAUUUCGAUUUCCUCCACUUUAAGAGCAACGAUGGACUUGGAUACACUAUUUUCCUGCCCAACGCCGAUGCCUGGGAUACACUUGAUCUAGUACUAGACUACUUGAGCGAGAACCCAGAAACUUUGCGGGAGGUCAUCGGCAACAUGAUCGUCAACGGUCUGAUCUACGACGAUUUUGAAGGACAGAAAACGGUCACCACCAUUUUGGGAGAAGAGCUAAUUCUUCGUCGAGAUGGGGACAUUUUCAUCAACGAUACCCAAGCAGAGAUUUCCUUGGAGCUAGAAGUUUUGUUUGAUAAAGGAGUCGGACAUCCUAUCAAGACUGUUGUUUUUCCAAGCUCUGUGCAAAUUGGUGUCCAGGAGCUGUUGACGACUGUCGAUAGCGAAGAGUUUUUGAAAGUUUUAUCAUUGAUCGGCCUGGACAAGCUCGUCAACCAAGGCUACUCGUUCAUCAUCCCAACUUCCAAGUCGCUGCAGCUGGGAAACUUCACUGUCGACCGUGGCUCAGUCCAAAAGCUCGCAGACUUUGCCAAGCUCCAUGUUCUUCCUCCUGGAAGCAUACAAAAGAUGAUAGAUUGCGAAGACACUAUCCCCACAAUGCUGGAUUCGGCAAAUCUUACGUGUCGAGAGCUCACCUCGGGCGUCUCAAUGCUAAGUAUCCAGGGAGGAAACGACCACGAGGUGCGGUUGCUACGCAAGGGCUUGUCUAUUGAUGGAUCUGCGGGUAUCGUGUUUGUUGAUCGGGCUAUUGACCCCAGCUGGCUUGACUCGUCGAAUGGACCGAUCCACCUCCAUUUGCCGUUUGUUGCGGGACUGGUCGGAGUGAUCAUCGGGAUGUUUGUGCUGGCGGCCAUCACGUCCUGUUGCCUGGUCUUCUCGGUGGGGAAACAAUCCUCCUCUUCCCCCACCGCACGCUCCGAAACCACCCCACUGUUGCAGCCGCACGCAUCGCUCGAGUCGCACAGCCAGCAACCCAAGUCGCAGUCCAACGACCAAUUCGCAACAUACUACUCGACACACUCCUCUUCGCAACCAAUCAACGUGGAGCCUUCCUCAUGA